AUGUGCUAACAAAGGAUGGAACAGAAAAAUGGAAGUUCCUUCACUGGAUUUAUCUUACUGGGCUUCUCUGACAGGCUUCAACUUGAGUCAGUCCUCUUUGUGGUCCUUUUGAUCUUCUACAUCUUCACUUUGCUGGGAAACACAACCAUCAUUGCAUUGUCCUACUUGGACCCACAUCUUCACACCCCAAUGUACUUUUUCCUGUCUAACUUGAGCUUUCUGGACAUGUGCUACACAACUAGCAUUGUUCCACAGCUCCUAGUUAAUCUCAGCGGAGCAGACAAAUCCAUCUCCUUUGGUGGCUGUGUAGUUCAAAUGUAUAUCUCUCUGGCAUUGGGAUGUACAGAAUGUAUUCUCCUAGGAGUUAUGGCAUUUGACCGCUAUGCAGCUGUUUGCAAGCCCCUUCACUACACAGUAAUCAUGCACCCUCGUCUGUGUGCCCUGAUGGCUUCUGCUUCAUGGAUCACUGGUUUUGCCAACUCCUUGUUGCAGACAGCGCUUGUCUUCCUUUUACCUCGUUGUGGGAGAAAUAAAUUAGCCCACUUCUUUUGUGAGAUCCCUCCUUUUCUCAAACUUGCCUGUGUUGACACCACUAUGAAUGUGUAUGUGACCUUCAUUGGCAGUGUCAUCAUUCUUCUCACACCUGUUUCAUUAAUCAUGUUCUCCUAUGUUCAGAUUGUCAGGGCGGUCUUAAGAAUAAAGUCCACUGCAGGGCAGAGAAAAGCAUUUGGCACAUGUGGAUCGCACCUCACGGUGGUCUCCCUGUUCUUUGGCACAGCCAUCUAUGUGUAUUUUCAGCCCAGCAGCAACAACUCUCAGGAUCAGGACAAGUUUAUGUCUCUCUUCUACACUGUCAUUAUCCCCAUGACCAACCCCCUCAUAUAUACGCUGAGGAACAGGGAUGUGAAGGGAGCGAUGAAGAAGGUGCUUUGGAAGGACUCUGACUCCAGAAGAUGGCUGAGGAGGACAGUUUAA